ACCGAAACAAUCAAUUUUUAAUUAAAUGCAAAACCAUUGUCCGACUUCCCACUUGCCCCAUUGCUUAUUAAGCAUUCGACGGUUCAGUGUCUCUGUUUAAUUGGUGGAAUUUUGGAAUCCAUCCUCGUUUAAUUAGUUGUUUAUUCGGUGGCCAGGUAUCCUUGAAGUUCACAUUCCGGCGGCGUCGAAGAAAAUUCAACAGCGUCAUGGCUCUCGAGUUGGAAGUGGUGAAAACGUCCGGAAAACCGGUCGGGAAAGUCUCACUGGCGAGUUCGGCGACGGUGAAGGACUUGAAAAAGGAAAUUUUCAAAAACUUUAGGCUGGGGGUCGAGCGCCAGUCCAUUCGGAACGGGCCGAAGGGAAAAGACGAGAAAGACAGCCAGGAAGUUGGCAAAAUCCACUUAGAGACCGCCGGCACGAUUUACGUUAAGGAUUUGGGGCCGCAAAUCGGGUGGGACACCGUCUUCUUCUUGGAAUACGCGGGCCCCAUUUUCCUGUACGGCGCCCUGUUCCUGUUCCCGCACUGCUUCUACGGGGGCAAGAGCCUGGAGCAGGGCCGGGGGCAAAACGCGCGGAAUAUCUUCCCGUUUUAUGUUUUUCCGGUCGAGCAAAUUAACAAAAUAUGCGGCGGCUCACUUAUCAAAGUCCAAGAUAAUGCAUACUAUGCUGGUAUUUUAUGGACUAUUCACUACGGGAAACGAAUCCUUGAAACGGCGUUCGUGCACCGAUUUUCCCACGGGACGAUGCCGAUUUUCAACCUGUUUAAGAACUGCUCGUACUAUUGGGGCUUCGCCAUUUAUCUAGCCUACCAUGUCAACCACCCCUUGCACACGGCGCCCCCGAAGUGGCUGUUCCACCUCGGCGUUUUCAUUUUUAUCUUCUGCGAACUCGGCAAUUUGAGUAUCCACAUUUUGUUGCGAAAUUUGCGGCCCGAGGGCUCGACCGUGCGGAAAAUUCCAGUACCGGACUCAAACCCGUUCACGAAAUUAUUCAAUUACGUCUCAUGUCCUAAUUACACCUACGAGUUUGGGUCUUGGGUCGGUUUCACGCUCUUGACGGGCUGUUUUCCAGUUUUUAUUUUUGCGCUCGCGGGUCUCUACCAGAUGACCGUGUGGGCCAUCGGCAAGCACAAAAAGUACAGGCAGGAGUUCCCGAAUUAUCCCAAGAAGAGGAAGGCGAUUUUGCCAUUCCUGAUUUAAUUUCCACGGUUGGGUUCUUGUUUCCUAUUUUGUUGUUUUUUUAAGUGGUGUUUGCGUAAUAAAAUGGUUUGAUGGA